AUGCUUUUGGCGGUGUUAUUCGCCAACUUUGAAGGCAACAUCCUCGUCGAAAACUUUAAUGGAGUACCUGCAGAGGAGCGGCUGCAUUGGCGAUCUUUCUUAGUUAAGCUGGGUUCAGAGAAUCUUAAAGGGUUCAAGAAUGAAGAACUCCUUAUAUUCAUGGUUUCACUGUCGGUUUACAUUGUAUAUACAGUGCUUGGAGAUGUAAGCAUUUAUGUUGUCGGGAAGGAUGAAUAUGAUGAACUUGCUUUAUCUGAAGCAAUCUUUGUUAUAACAUCUGCUGUCAAGGAUGUAUGUGGGAAAUCUCCAACGGAGAGACUUUUCCUGGACAAUUAUGGAAAGAUUUGCUUGUGCCUGGAUGAGAUUGUGUGGACGGGGUUGCUGGAGAAUAUCGACAAAAUAUAG